CACUCUUGCACUUGACCCAAUUUUAUCGCCUUCGUGAGUGACAAAAAUUGUCAUUCGCGCUGUAAACAACGCGCAAAAAAAUUCCCCGCUAAUUAGAUGGGAGAUUUUUCCUAUUUAUCAAGCAAUUUUCUACACAUCAACACUGAUAAAAUGAUUAAGAUUCAUUGAAGAAAGUUAAAUUGAUCGUGAAAUUAAAAUUGGACACAGAAAAACUAACACUUUAGAGAGAUUUAAUGCACAAUAAAUCAUAAAAUACAUCAAUAAAAGUGGAAGAAAAAAUGACAAAUAAAAUUAGGCGUUAAAUUUCUCUAAACCAAAUAAAAACAGUCUGAAAAGAACGUUUAUUUAAGUCUCUAAUAAAUUACACCAAAGCGAAAAGGGCGCAAAGUUUGAGACGAUAUUUUCCAUGUCGCGUUGUGAUGCCGAAUGGAAUCAAGUGAAAAUGGAACGUAAAAAAUGUAUGAUUAUCAUUGAAAAUGUGUGUGUUUGUCUGGAAAGAAGCGCACAUUCUGGGGUUGACAAGAGAGACACGAUAAAGAGUUUAGUUGGACGACAGUUUUCACGUUGUUGAGGUGGUUUCAAGGCGCUUCUGUUCUUUCUUUUUUUCCCCUCAUUGUUUAAUCAAUCAAAUUAGCUUCCAGGGAAAUAUAAUGCCAAUUAGAAAAUGGGGACCAACACAUAUAAAGCGUGCGUCGACGGAGAAAUUGCGAGAAGUCUUCUUAAGAUAUGCAUCACAACAGAAAGAUGGGAAGCACUUUAUGACCAGCGAUGACUUCGCGAGAGGAUUCCUGGGACUCUUUCCGGACGCGGGAUUUCAUGAGGAAUCGGUGAAACUUCUGGCCGGCAUUGCAGACACCAGCAAGGAUGGACUCAUCUCAUUUGCGGAGUUUCAGGCCUUCGAGGGCCUCCUCUGCACGCCAGACGCUCUGUACAAGACAGCCUUUCAGCUGUUCGACACACAAGGCAAUGGCACAGUUGCAUAUGCGGAUUUCGUGGAUGUGAUAAAGAAGACAACGCUGUACGCAAAACUGCCACUGAAGCUCGAUGGAUCGUUCAUGGAGAGGUAUUUUGGGAAGACGAAGCAACGAGCCAUAAACUAUGCGGAGUUCAGUCAAUUCCUGCACGAUUUCCACGAGGAGUACGCCAUGGAGGCGUUCCACAGCAAGGAUCCCACGGGAUCGGGCUACAUUUCGCCGCUGGACUUCAAGGAUAUCAUGGUGAAGGUGAAGAAGCACUUGUUGGCGCCUGAGGUGAAAGACAACCUCGUUGCUAUUACUGAAGGGAAGAAAGUGAGUUACCCGUAUUUCAUGGCAUUCAACUCUCUGCUGAACAACAUGGAGUUGAUUAAGCGCAUCUACCUCAAUGCAACGAAUGGCAAUCGAAUACAGCCCAUAACGAAGGAUGAAUUGUUGCAUUCAGCACAAAUUAUGAGCCAAAUUACGCCACUAGAAAUUGAUAUUCUCUUCCAAAUGUCCGGUGUGAUUCAUCAAACUGGGCGAAUAGUUUACAGUGAUCUGAGCAAUAUCGCACCUGAGCAUUAUGCUAAGCAUAUGACACAUCGCUUGGCGGAAAUUAAGGCCGUCUCCAGUCCGGACGAUCGGAGUUUUCUCAUUCAAAUACUCGAGAGCGCGUAUCGUUUCACGCUGGGCUCGAUUGCCGGUGCCGCCGGCGCCACGGCGGUGUAUCCAAUUGAUUUGGUGAAGACACGAAUGCAGAAUCAGCGAACGGGAUCGUUCAUUGGCGAGGUGGCGUACCGAAAUUCCUGGGAUUGCUUCAAGAAAGUCAUCCGCCACGAGGGCGUUCUGGGCCUGUAUCGCGGCCUGGUGCCGCAGUUGGUCGGCGUUGCGCCGGAGAAGGCCAUCAAGCUCACUGUCAAUGACUUCGUGAGGGACAAGAUUGGCGACAAGGGCGUCGUGCCGUUGUACGGAGAGGUGCUGGCCGGCGCCUGUGCCGGCGGCAGUCAAGUCAUCUUCACCAAUCCGCUGGAGAUUGUCAAGAUUCGACUGCAAGUGGCGGGAGAGAUUGCCGGCGGCGCCAAGGUGCGCGCCUUGAGUGUGGUGAAGGAUCUGGGAUUGUUUGGGCUGUACAAGGGCGCCAGGGCGUGCUUCCUGCGCGAUGUUCCCUUCUCUGCCAUCUACUUUCCCGCCUACGCGCACACAAAAGCCAUGUUUGCUGAUGAGGAUGGGUACAAUCAUCCGCUGACUCUGCUCGCCGCCGGCGCCAUUGCCGGUGUUCCGGCGGCGUCUCUGGUGACGCCCGCCGAUGUCAUCAAGACGCGUCUUCAGGUGGUGGCGCGUUCGGGCCAGACGACGUACACGGGCGUGCUGGAUGCCACGAGGAAGAUCAUGCGUGAAGAGGGUCCGCGGGCGUUCUGGAAGGGCACAGCGGCGCGUGUGUGUCGAUCUUCGCCGCAAUUUGGUGUGACGCUGGUGACUUAUGAGCUGCUGCAGCGUCUCUUCGUGGUGGACUUUGGAGGCAACCGACCGGCGGGAUCUGACGUGAAGAAGGUGAAGACUGUGGAGCCGAAGGUGUUCAAGCAGAAUCCCGACCAUAUUGGCGGCUAUCAGGCCGCCGUGCCAAUUAUCAAUGGGAUUGAGACGAAAUUCGGUCUGUCUCUGCCCAGAUUCGCCUCCACAACGCCAUCGCCGGCGAAGACGUGAUGAAGGCACUGCAGAAGAGGCGUUUGAUGGGAUUCUUUUUGUCACACGAAAGUGUCUUCAAUGAUUGUGUCUUAAGUACCAAAAAAAAAACAAAGAAAAACAGAAAGAAAGAAGAAGAACAGACAGCGUAAAAUUAUAGUGUGUGUAAAGGCAAAUUCCACAAUUAAAUUGGAGGAAGACGAUGAAGUUUUGUGUUAAAUUGCUGCAAAGAUGUGAGAUGAAACUAUUUUUCUAUAACCUUGUUGCAAAAAGAAGUAUAUAUUAAUAUUUGUGAGAGAUGAAAUUUAUGCAUUUAGAUUCAAACAUCUUUUCUUCCGUAUAUGAAUUUAAUUCUUAGGAGGGGGAGAAGCUGAAAUCGACACGCUUUGCUUAACGAUUUCUUCAACAUAAUGUUGAAUUUGGUGAGGAAAUUCAGUGCAAUGCAAAAAUUAUGAGACAAAUUAUGGUGUCUCAUCCAUCAAAAACUUUUCCAUUUGAUUAAAGGCGAAACGUUCUAGUGAAUUGAAGACACGACGACACAAUUUCUGGCCAGCGUCCGUAACAAAUACAAAUAAAUAUUGAGGAGAUUGCAAUGAAAAGAGUCAAUGGCGCACGAUGAGUUGAAGAAACAAAGUGAAUAAGUUGUUGAGUUUAAUUUGUAGUGGAGCAAGAAUGUUAGAGAUUAUGUAAAUAUCUAUGAUGUAUUCGUACAAUAAAAUCGCUAUUUAAUUUAAACGAUAACGAAUUCUAC